AUGAGUGCGAUGAUGAUGGGGAGGCUGAAGAAGGAGCUCAAGCAGCUUGAGGAAAAUCCGCCCACUGGGAUUACUUGCUGGCCAGACGAAAAGGAUAUACGAGUUCUACACGCUGAAAUACAAGGACCUGAAUCAACUCCAUACAGAGGCGGGGUCUUUAAGCUGGAGAUUCAGCUGGGUGAUAGAUAUCCAUAUGAACCACCAACUACCAGAUUCAUCACACCAAUCUAUCAUCCAAACGUGGACGGCGAGGGUCGAAUUUGUUUGGACUUGCUCAAAGGUGGACCGCCAAAAGGUCAAUGGAAGCCUACUCUGAACAUCAACGCAGUCUUGACAUCAAUCCAAAUAUUGAUGCAAGACCCCAAUCCCGACGAUCCACUUGAAAUCGACAUUGCAAACGAAUACAAAGCCGACAGAACCCUAUACCAUGACAACGCAACCAAACAUACCCAAAAGCAUGCAAAAGGAAACUCAAUACAGAUAGACAAGUCAGAGCUUCUACCACCACUAGCGCCAUUAAUGUCAUCAUUGGGUCGCAGGGAACGACGAGAAGUACCAACUCCAACAUCACAUACUGUGAAACCGUCAUCAUCUAUACCCCACUCUCCUGUACACGGUAAUGUACAGUUCGGAGGUCUUGUUGGCGCACCGACGUCGCCCCGAACAGUAAAACGCUCAUCCUUGAAUCUCAACUUCAAGAAGAAUGCUGUUGGUGACUCGCAAUCUGCCAAAAGAGCAAAACUUGAUGCAGACGUGCUAUAA